GCGAUGGCGGCGGAGCGGCGGCCGGUGCCCGGCCUGGACGAGUUCGCGGGGCAGAGCUGGAGCGCCUGGCUGGAGCGGGCCGGGCCGCCCGCCGACAGCGGAGCAGGAAUGCCAGGACCAUCCCUCUGUGGGAGCACCGGGCGCAUCCCUGUGCCAGCCACUGACAGGAUUUUGUCUCUGGCAGGAUCAGGGUCAGAGCUGGAGGAGAAUGGGAAGAGUGGCAGCAAGAAACUGGACACCAUGACCCUGAUUAAGGAAGACAUGGACAUCUUCGGGCACUGCCCUGCGCACGACGAGUUCUACCUGGUGGUGUGCAACCACUGCAGCCAGGUGGUGAAACCCCAGGCCUUCCAGAAGCACUGUGAACGCCGGCACGGCCCACUCAGCAAGCUCUACGCCCGUGCCACCGCGUGCCACGUCGCCGUCAACGGGCAGCCGGUGCCCGGCAGGACCCCCGGAGCCGCCAAAGCCCUGCAGGAGAAGCAUCCCGGUGCCCGCGGGAGAGCCCAGCCCCUCCCUGAGCACACGGACAAGGAUAACAACCUCUGCUUGUUCGUGCCCGUGGUGAACCUGGAGAAGAUUCCCAGCAUUCCCAAACCGGACGGGCACGGGAUCAAGGUGCCCCCCAAAGCCGUCCCCACCAACUCCAAGGAAUCCCUGGGGAAAGCCGCGGCUGCCGCGGUGCCCAAAGAGCCCCCGGUGCCGGCCGGGGUCGGGGGGGAUUCGGCCAUGCCGGAGAGCAUCCCCGCUCCGGGGGAGAAGGAUGUGGGGGCCCCCAAACCGCCCCCCAGGUCCCACAGGAAGCUGGCGCGUAAGGAGUGUGACCUGAACCGGCAGUGUGGGGUGCGGAACCCCGACACCAACAAGCUCUGCACCCGCCUGCUGACCUGCAAGAUCCACUCGGUUCACCAGCGCCGGGAGGUGCAGGGUCGGGCCAAGGAUUUCGAUGUGCUGGUGGCCGAGCUCAAGGCCAGCACCCGCCGAGGGGAACCCCCGAAAGACAGGAGCCCCCCUGAGAAGGAGCCACUGCACCCUGCCCUACAGGACACCCCCUCACUGCUGCAGCCCCCCACUACCCCUCCCUGCCGAGCCAGGCUGUCCCACUGCUUGCACCCCCCCAGGGCCCGACUUUCCUCUGACAGUGACCCUGAGGAUGCUCCGGCCACCUCUGGGGAGGGGAGCACGGGCGGCUUCCCCCUCCCCCUGCCCAAGGGGGGCAGCCGCGUGUCCAGCGAGGAGAGCGAGGAAGAGGGGGCCGAGGAGCCCCCCCGGGCCCCGGUGCGCCCACCACGGCCUCAGGCGUUCUGCACCUUCGGGAGCCGCCUGGUCACCCCGGGCUGUUACGUGUUCGACCGACGGCUGGACCGGUUCUGCGCCGCGCUGGGCUCCAUGCUGCAGCGGCACCUCAGCGCGCACAGGUGGAGGAAGAUCCCUCCGGCCGUCGUCCCCCCUCUUCACCUCCCCGCAGCCCCCCCCAGCCCCGCUGCCCCCCUUUACGGCCCUGCAGCCCCUUCCCCGCCCCUGCGGCCCCUCUCGGCGGCGGGGGGCUGCCGGCUCCCCACCAGCCUCACCUACACCGUGGGCUCUCCCCCCGCGGCGGCCGCCUGCAGCCAGCCCGAGUGCGGGGGAGGGGGCACGCAGGCCAUCACCUCUCCCCUCCCCGCCAACACCCCCUCGCCCUCCUUCAGCAAACUGCCCCCCAGCAAGGCCAGCAAAUCCCCCCGGGCGCGGGAGGCGUCGGGCGGGACGGACGCGGACCCCCGGCCCUGGCAGCCCCCGCUGGCGGCCGGCGGCCCCCCUUACAAACGGACCUGUUUGGGGGACAGCGUCAAGGGCAAAAAUCAGGGCUUGGCUCCCCCCGGCAAGACGAAACUCACCCCGCCGGCUUCGCCCUCCAUCGCCGUGCUCAACGGGACCCCGCGGGUGCGACGGGUGCCCCCCGCCCAGCCCUGCCGCGCCCCGCCCGCCGCCCUGGAGCCCCAAACGUCGCCGCUGCACGGCCUGGGGGGGCUCCCGGCGCCGCGGGGGCUCUCCGAGGAUGAGGUGAAGAAGCGCAAGAACGCGGCCACCUAUUGCCGACCCCUGAAGCCCAAAGCCGCGCCCCCCCUGCCCGGCCCCCCGGCCCCUCCCGGCUCCGGGACCUCCGCCUCGGGGGGCUCCAUCCGCAGGAAGAAGCCGGGGACGCCCCCGGGUUUCGAGGAGAAGAGGAGCGCCCUGAAGUCCAAAGCCCAUUAACAGAGGGGUCACGGGGGCCCCCCCUGUGUCCUCCCCACCGGGAAACGCCAGAAAACCGAUGAAGGGAGAGGAAACAAACAAACAAACAAACAAAAAAAUCCCAAGGAAACCACGAAGGAAAAUCCCAAACUUCCAGAAAAUACCUCAAAACUCUCAGUUCUGUUCUCUUGCUGCUAAACCAGCCCCGGGACAGGGGGGGGGCGGCACUGGGGACCCACCCGGACCUCCCGGGGCCCCGUCGGUCGCGGAUAUUUAUAAGAAACGGUUGUUGCUGUUUUUGUUCUUUUUGUAAA